AGUAACCGGCAAACGGCAUCACUCUUCUCCAAAGCGCUUUGACUUACGCGCGGAACAAUCCACAACAAAGUUUUCUGGAGCCGCGACUUGAUCCCUGCGUAAACCCGACGUGUGGUGCACCGGAGACGCGCAACCGGUCCCUGGCAACUUCACCUACACCGCUAUCUUGGUUUGGUGUUAUAGGAGUUCCACACUAACUGGUCUCUACGUAUACUGGGUGGUCCAUUACAACAGACCAAGCCAGAGGCCAAACUCUUUACAAUGGCGGACCGAUUUGACUGUGACAACUGUAAGGAGUCCCUGUAUGGCCGGAAGUACAUUCAGUCUGAUGACAGCCCAUACUGCAUCCCCUGCUACGACAGCCUCUUCUCCAACACGUGUGACGAGUGCAAAGAGCUGAUAGGACACGAUGCUCGGGAGCUGUUCUAUGAGGACCGGCACUACCACGAGCACUGCUUCCGCUGUUUCCGCUGUGACCGCUCUCUGGCCGAUGAGCCCUUCACCAGCCAGGACGACGCCCUGCUGUGCAACGACUGCUACUGCAAUGAGUUCUCCUCCAAGUGUGUGGCCUGUGACAAGAUCGUCAUGCCUGGCUCGAGGAAGCUGGAAUAUGGCGGCUCCACAUGGCACGAGGGCUGUUUCAUCUGCCACAGUUGUGAACAGCCCAUUGGCUCCAAGUCCUUCAUCCCAGACAAAGACGAGCACUACUGCGUCCCCUGCUAUGAGGACAAGUUUGCCCCUCGCUGUACACGUUGUAAAAAGACCCUAGCUAAAGGUGGAGUGACCUACCGGGAUGAGCCGUGGCAUAAGGAGUGCUUUGUGUGCACAAGCUGUAAGACCCAGCUGGCCGGACAGCACUUCACCUCCAGAGAGGACAGCCCCUACUGCCUCAAGUGCUUCGGGAGCCUGUACGCCAAGAAGUGUGAGGCCUGCUCCAAGCCCAUCACAGGUUUUGGAGGAGGGAAGUACAUUUCGUUUGAGGACCGCCAGUGGCACCAGCCCUGCUUCACCUGCAGCCAGUGCUCUGUCUCCCUGGUGGGGGCAGGCUUCUUUCCAGAUGGGGACAAGAUCUUAUGCCGCGAAUGCCACACCAGCCUAUAAAACCUGCUAUUCCAGAUGCCCUACCACAUUGUGACUCUGUGUUUGAUUUCACAGUAUUGGACACAACCAUGCCUAUGCAAAGAUGCACGCAGGGUUUCCCUUUGUGAUAAACAUACUUGUUCCUUGUUGUCCAUAAAGCAGUUUAAUGCUGUAUAGAAGUCACAGAAUGAGUUUUGCAAGUAGAGCUAUCUAUAUAUUUGGUAGACCUUUUAUUAAUAGUUAGACACAGAGAAUAUUCCAAUAUGGGCACAAAGAAAGAAUGCAAUUGCUGAACAACCCUACAUAAUAGACUAACCUGUAAACUAACUUACAAUGUAAGAAAAUAAAAAUACAUAUACUAAAAUGUGCCUUAGAAGUUGGUAUGCAAAAUCAAAGAUGCUAUAAAACCAAAGAGAUAAAAGUGCCAGUCACUUUUAAAAGUGUGUUUAGGUAAGUGAGGAGACGGUAAACUGAUGAUUUGUUGGUGGAUUUUCUUAAUGUGUUUAUAAAUGAUAAAUGCAAUGGUUCUCAAACAGUGGGUCUGGACCCAGAGACAGUAUAAUAUGUGACAUAUGUAUAAUAAAAAUACAUACUUUAAAGGCAAAACAGAUUUGCUAAAUUGCGUCUAACAAUCCAAUGCAAUCACUUUAUUUCAAAUGUUUCAUCUUCAUCCGGUAAUUUUUCUGAACUAUAGAAAGUGGGAGAAAGCGCAACACUGUUGUAAAAAUAGUGACAAUCUAUACCUAUAGAAACUAUAAACAAUAUUUUAAAAAGAAAAAUUGUACUUUGCAAAAAAAAAUUCUUAUUAGUAUUUCAUUCAGUUCUGUUGCACUUUGGCUGGUGUUGCUCGUCUCUACAGUUUGUGCACAUAAGACAUUUCACUGCCACAGACAGACAUGCCACUUUGAUGUGUCAUAUUCCUGCUUUAGUCUUUUUUCUGUUUUUUUUUUGUUUUGUUUUUUUAACCACAACAAUUCCAACAAAGUUUGGACACUGUCAGGGACUCAAAGGACGUGAUUCAACUCAGAUCUGUCGAUUAAGGACAUGUCUCAAGCAACAGGCACAAGAAAAUAGUCCAAAAGUCCAAAGAAAGUACUGGAGGAGCAGGUGGGCACACUCAAAACAUGAAUUAACCAAAUAAUAUCUACAGAAUACCACAUUUAUGGAAAAAGCUGACAUAAUAUAAAUGUUUGAAGUCAUUGUAAAAUGUUUGAUUAUCAGUAAAAGGCCAAUAUUACUCUUAUUUUCUGACCUAUGUUUUAAUGUUGUUCCCUUAUUACAAACAUACCUGGGGUUGUGUUUCAUUCACACAAACCCUGCAUUGAAUAUGCAGGGUUUGUGUGAAUGAAACGGAAAACACUGUUCCACCUUGUGAUGUCACGUGGUAAGUGCUCCACUGUGUUUUUAAACUUCAUACUCCUUCACUAAAAUCAUUUGGACAAUUCCAGCCUUGGAGCUGGCAAUCUCUACUUAACUAGAAAUAAAAGGUAGCUGUUGAACUGAAAACGCUUCAUGAUAUCACAAGGUGGAACAGAGCAUUUUGAGCUUUGGAGAUAUAGGCAUUCUAAUAAUAAAGGGUUACUUAAACAUGUGAAUGAAAUAAAAACACAACUCCAAGUAUGUUUUUUGAGGAGAUAACAUUAUAGCAUGAGAACAAGCUCUUAAGAGUCAAUGUUGUGUAAUACUGGACCUUUAUCAUUAUAGUAAGGUCCCUAUGCUUGAUCAUCUAUAAGGCAUGCAGUGUGUUCAAUGAUUAUCUAAAAACAACUCUAUUGUAGUUACCUCCAGUGACUCAACAUUAUGGAAUUGUACUUGUACUUUUCAUUUGUAAAUAUUUAAUUGUCACUGAUGCUUAUUGCGAGCAGCAGAUCUACGUGCAUGUUUUUAGCCCCUUUAUUAACACGCUUUAAAUUUUUUGUUUUACUGUUUGUGUGUAAAAUUUAAAAAUGCAUUUCUAUAAUCUUUUUUCCCGCUUUGAUGCUGGUGAGUCAGAGUUGGCAUAUACGUGUUUCAGCAUAUGUAAACUGUUGUGGUCACAGCCGGAUGAACUUACUGUAAAUCAGGAAUAUGUGAUACGGCUACAUGCUACGAUGGUUAGCUCGAUUUGUGAAGUCUAAUGAAAUAAAUAUACGCUGCGGACAUUUU